AUGGCAACAAACUGGCUGCAUCAGUUUACGAACAACAACUACAACGUCAACAACAUCCACGACAUCGACAUCUUUAACAUCAACAACAACACCAACAACAACAUCAUAGACAUCAACAACCGCAACAUGAAUCGAACCAUAGAACGUAUCCGGACCAACCCAAAAUACGACAACAAAGUACGCUGUGGUGGCGAGGACGACGAUGAGGUUGGGGUGGUUAGUGUGGCCAACGAAAGUAUCUAUGCUAACGUUGACAGCGAAUUUUUGACAGAACCAAAGAACAAAUUUAACACAUACCGCGGAAACAAUGGCAACAGCAGCAACAACAACAACAGCAUCAUCAACAACAACAAACAUAAACAUGCCAACAAAUACAACAACAACAACAUCAGCAAAUACAGCAACACCGACAACGACGAUGAUGACGUCAACCUCAAACUCAACAACAUCAACAUGACAUGCAGUAUGAGGCGUGGUAGCAGUAAUAUCAACAACAACAGCCACAACUACAACAGCCACAAUUACAACAUCAACGAUUACAACAGUUACAAUAACAACAACAAAAACAACAACAAAAAUAACAUCAAAGAACGCCAACAAUAUCAGCAACAAAUGCAGCCGUUACAUUUUUUGCAGCAUCAUCAACAGCAACAUCAACAACAUCAACAACAACAGCAACAUCAACAACAACAACAUCGUCUACAUCAACAGUUUUCGUUGCACAAUUGUUUUCCGCCAAUAAAUCAGGAAACCAUGUUUUCAGAAAACUUCAGCAGCAACAACAAUGAACAUUUCAUCAACAUCAACAGCAACAACAACAAACUCAACAACAACAUCAACAAAAACGCCUACAAUAACAAUAAUAAGAAUAACAAUAACAAUACUAACAACAACAAUAACAGUAGUCUUCAUUACAUCAAUUCAUCAAAGUUGCACAAGAAAGAAAAAGAUAAGAACAACAAAAAUAACUACAACAACGACUACAACAACAAAAAUAAUAAUAAAUAUCAACAAAUUCAUUUCCAACAACAACAACAGUUUCCGGUCGGCUAUACUAAAAUCGGAACAUCUUUAAUGAAGUAG